AUGCCUCUAACGGCUAGACAACGGAGUAUUCACAAUAAGAACGGAGCUAAAAGGGCUACAAGUUUUAGCAAAGGAAAACGAAAAGCGAACGAAGGAGAGUUCCUAGUAACAAACGCUCCGUCAGACCUGCGGAGUAUAGCAUACCCAGGCGGUGCAGUAGCACUCGGUCUACUGCUGACCGCCCGUAUUGUGUCUGCGUACUGGGGACACAUUGCUGAUUGUGAUGAGACUUAUAAUUACUGGGAGCCAUUGCAUUAUUUGGUGUAUGGCAGUGGUCUACAAACUUGGGAAUACAGUCCAGACUAUGCAAUAAGGUCGUAUAUGCCAUUAUGGCUGUUUGCGGUACCUGCCAAGAUACUAUCCUGGUUCAUGAGUCCUGUGUCCGUGUUCUAUGCCCUACGGAUUGUGUUAGCCGUGCUCUCUGCUUGCGCUGAGCUUAUGUUUUACAAAGCAAUAUGCCACGAGUUCGGUGUCCACGUGGGUAGAGUAUGGUUGGGUAUGACCCUGCCGGCGGCGGGUAUGUUUGCAUGCAGCGCCGCCAUGUUGCCGUCCGCGUGGAGCGCCGCGCUUGCCAGUGCAGCGCUCGCCUGCUGGUGGCGGCGCAGAUACCCUACUGCUAUAUUCCUGACUGCCGUCUCGGCAUUGCUUAGUUGGCCGUUCACAGCUUUACUAGGAAUACCCAUCGCCAUUGACAUGAUCAUAAUGAAAAGACAAAUAAUUGACUUUGUAAAAUGGUCCGUAAUAUCCCUGAUAGCUAUAAUAGUGCCUACAGUGUUAGUGGAUUCUUGGCAUUAUGGGAGAUUGGUGAUCGCUCCGUGGAACAUUAUUGCCUACAACAUAUUUACUGAGCACGGACCUGAUUUGUAUGGCGUGGAACCCUGGACUUAUUAUUUUGUUAACGGAUUCUUGAACUUCAAUAUUGUUUGGGUGCUUUGUCUAUCCUGUCCAGUGUUUCUAUUGGCCUGUACGGCAGUAGCAGGUCGGUCGACAGCGCGGGCCGCGUUCUGUGCCCCGUACUGGUUGGAUCUACUGCCACUUGUACUGUGGUUGGCUGUAUUCAUGCUACAACCGCAUAAGGAGGAGAGGUUUUUAUACCCAGCUUACAGUAUGAUAAUCCUGGCGGGCGCGAUAGCACUCGACUGUCUACAGAAGCUCACGUUCGCAGUCGGCACGGAACUGUUUCGCUGGAGGAGGGAGCGAGAGAGGAGACACUAUCUCGCUUACACCGGCCCUCUAAUGGUCAUGUGUGUACUUAUUGCCGGAUUUGCUGGUCUAUCCCGCAUAGCAGCUCUAUAUACAAACUACCACGGACCUAUGACAAUACUCCGAGACCUGCCUCCAUCUCCCGAUGCAGAACUAACAGUCUGCUUCGGCAAGGAAUGGCAUCGAUCCCCGUCUAGCUUCCACCUCCCUGAAGGAUACAGUGUCAGGUUCAUACCCAGCGAGUUUAAUGGACAACUGCCUGCACCUUAUGCUGAUAGUCAUAAUGCAACGCGCCUCAUCCACCCACAUUUCAACGAUCUCAAUAAAGGUGACAACAGGACUUAUAUAAAACCUAAAGAAUGCCACUACUUGGUGGACUCAAGCAUCGGCCGACCAUCCACACUUGAGCCCGCAUACCAUAAAGACUCCGCCACAUGGGAGGUCAUCUCCAGUGUUCCAAUACUAGACGCCAAAAAGUCCCAUCAAGUGUUCAGAGCAUUCUACGUACCAGUGUUGUCAAGUAAAAAGAAUGUUUACGCGAAUAUGUAUCUGUUGAAGAAUAAGGUGCUGGUUUAA